CUGUCCUCAAACAUCAUGGCGGAGAGCGAGUCGGAAUUUUAUUUAUAAAACGGACUUUUUCGGUGGGGAAAGUAGGGUUAGUGAGUGUUUCAACAUGGAUGCCGUAAAAACCUUCAACUCAGAGCUUGCGGGGCUCUAUGAAUGCAAGCCCCCAAUCUCAAAGGCAAAGAUGACAGCCAUCACAAAAGGGGCUAUCAGAGCCAUCAAGUUCUACAAACAUGUAGUUCAGAGUGUUGAGAAAUUUAUACAAAAGUGCAAAACAGAGUACAAGAUCCCAGGUUUGUAUGUGAUAGACAGCAUAGUUCGGCAAAGCAGACACCAGUUUGGAGUUGAGAAGGAUGUAUUUGCUCCCAGAUUUGCUAAGAACAUUCUGAUCACCUUUUUCUAUCUCUUCAAGUGCCCGCAGGAAGAUAAGAGCAAAGUCAUCCGAGUGUUGAACUUGUGGCAGAAGAAUCAGGUCUUUGCAGAAGAGGUCAUACAACCACUUUUUGACUUAGCAGACCCCAAUCAUCCAAUCCAGAAGGAAGUUGGUAAUCAGAUUGCACAGAAAGCACUGAAGGCCAAGUCACAGCACAACAACCAAGAACAACAGGGUACUCCAGUCUCUGGUGCAGGUGGAGGUGGCCGUGCAGAAGGGAGAGAUGGGCAGAUUAAUAGCAACUCGGCGAACAUGUCACAACAGGUGGACUCUGAGUGCACACUCGUACCUUUAGUAAAUCAACAGCAUCCUGUCCCUGUUACAAGUGUAUCAAGUCAGGUCAUGAAUGCUGCUGUCACCAAUCUGGACCCAGGCCUUAUCCAGCAGAUCCAACAGAUUCUCAUGAAGCAGCCUGCCCAAGAUGAUGGGUCAGGUAUGGCAGCUGCUGCUGCUGCCGCUGCUGCUGCUGGGAUGGUCCCACCAGUUCCAGAUGAGGUGAAAGGACAAGUCAUUCCAGGGCUUACAACAACAGGUGACUAUGAUGGGCGAUCACUUCCAUUCUUGGCAGUGGACACCUCUCAGCCUCCACCAGGAUAUCUCCCUCCUGGGCCCUUCAUGGGAGGAAUACCACCCACUCCUAUUGCAGUACCACCACCAACGCUAGACUUCUCACAAGUUCACCCACCCCCAGAGAAACCCAAAAGUCCAAGAGAAGAAGGGGAGCACUCAGAUGACAGCGACGAUGUCAAAGAAAUUCGCCAUGAGGACCGCGAUUCAGACAGACGCCGUCGUAGCCGUUCACGGUCUAGAAGCCGGUCACGACGCAGAAGACGAUCCAGAUCACGCUCAAGGUCCCGGUCUAGGUCUAGACACAGAAGGUCGCGAUCACGCUCCAGAGGUCGAAGGUCAUCCUCUAGAUCACGCAGGAGGAGGUCAAGAUCAAGGGACAGAGACAGGGACAGGGAUCGUGACAGACGGGACAGGGAUAGAGACAGAGAUCGUGAAAGAGACAGGGAAAAGGAGAGAGAAAAGGAGAAGCUUGAUCCUGAGAAGGAGCGCCUGAGGGAGAAGGAAAGAGAGAAGGAAAAGGAGAGAAAAAAGAGAGGACUUCCUCCCAUCAAGAAGGAUCACUUGAGUGUCUGUUCCACAACUCUCUGGGUUGGCCACUUGUCGAAGCUUGUGCACCAAGAAGAGCUGUCUGAUACUUUUGGAGAAUAUGGUGACAUAGUCUCCAUUGAUCUUAUUCCACCACGUGGUUGUGCUUUCAUCUGCAUGAAUAGACGUCAGGAUGCUGCUCGGGCACUAGCCAAGCUCAAAAAUCACAAGAUGCAUAACAAGGCCAUCACUCUUGCCUGGGCUCCAGGAAAGGGCGUAAAGGGGAAAGAGUUCAAAGACUACUGGGAGGUAGAGGUUGGCUGCUCCUACAUCCCAUUCCACAAGUUGAUCACCAUGAGUAGCCUAGACCUGGACAACCUCGAGGAAGGUGGCAUGAUCGAUGAGGAAACUGUUCCUGAUUGGCUGAGAGGUCGCUAUGGUUUAGAACAAGCUCCACCUGGGCCUCCCCCAGGCUUUGUACCUAUUGGAGUGCCACCUGGCCAUCCUCCCAACUCACGAGGACAGGAGGGUGUAGCCCCCCUGCCACCAAUGCCGCCGCCAGUAGAGAAAUCUCAAGAUGUUAGUCGGGAUGGUCCCCCACUGCCCACUAGUGCCCCAGGUCUACCUCCAUCUAUGUUGCCUCCUCCAUUUGGUUUGCCAAACAUGCCUCCACCUCAAGUUGGCCAUGGGCAUGGACCUGGACAUGGACAUGGGCAUGGACACGGACAUGGACACGGACAUGGUCCUGGACAUGGACAUGGUCCUGGAGGAAUGCCACCUCUACCCCAAGGCUUAAUGCCUCCAAACAUGCCUCCUCUAGGAGUUCCACCACCUCUGGGUCUGCCACCACUUGGUGUCCAUCCACCUGUGUCAUCAAUCUUGGGUCAGCCUCUCAUAGGUGCCAUGCCACCCCCAGUUAGCAUGGCACCAAACAUGCCGAACCGGCCUAUUAUGCCUCCUGGAAGUGACCUGCAGAGCAAUAUGAAUUCUGCACCGCCUAUUACGACCAUGGCAAAUAGUGCUAACAUGAUCAAUAGUAAUUCUCAUGACUCAAAUGAUAUGGAUAUUGAGAUGGAAGACGUAGAGAAAAAUGAUAUUGGAAAGGAGAAUGGGCUGUCGUCUAAGGAGAAGGAUGAUCGCGGGGAGAGAAGAAGAGACCGGCCAUCACGGUUUGACAGAUCGGGAGGAAGAUCGCCUCCGCGUGACGAGAAAAUGGGAUUAGUUGAACGAUUAAGAAAUCUUGCUUCUGGAGGCGAGAUGGGCCAACGGGAUAGAUAUGACAGGGACAGAGACAGGAGGGACAGGGAUCGUGACCGAGAUAGAGAUCGAGGACGAGUUGGACACGACAGAGAAGAUCGGGUCCAUGACCGCGACCGUGACCGUGAUGAUGCAAGAGGACGGGAUGACAAUCAAUUUGGGCCUGAUGCCUUCAAUGGGCCUCCACCUGGCUUCCCCCAACAAAGCCAGCGACCUGAUGGUCCAGCCAAUUUCCGUCCAGAUGGCCCCGGUGGUCCCAAUGGUCCAGUUGGGCCAGGAGGACCUGGUGGGUUCAACAAUUUUGUGCCAGUGCCAGGCUUUGGUCCACCUGGUGGAGGAGGCUCGAGUAACCACCCUGGGAUUAUGGGAGGCCCACCUGGCCCACAUGGGCCUGGAGGAAUGAGGAAUGAAGGCUUUGGCCCCAUGGGAAUGGGCAUGAUGUCAGGACCCAAUGGACCAGAUGUUAGGGAAAAGUGA